AUGACUUCAAGGCUGCUCGACGAGUUACUCAACCGCAACAGCAAAGUUAUCGAAAGCUAUCAGGCACCACCUCCAUUGGUUCCCAUGGCCGAGGCAGCUCGCCAGACCGGGGCUGCCACCAUCAUCCUGAGCUGCUCGGACCCGCGCCUCAAUCCAUAUGCCAUCUUUGGCAUUGACUCCAGCCUUCAAGGCAUCAGCAUGGUCCGCAAUGCUGGAGGCCGUGCGAUGGAUGCCAUCCGGUCCAUUUCUGUUCUUCAGACUAUUGCGAGUGCAAAGACGGUCGUUGUCUUGCAUCAUACAGAUUGCGGAAUGACACAUUUCCAUGAUGCUAGAGUUAGGGAGGCUCUGGUCAAGAUUGCACCUCAGGAGGAAGAAACCAUCAAUACCACCAAGUUCGGUGAAAUUACGGGAUCAAUCGAGGAGAGUGUUAAAGAAGACGUGGAGCAUUUACGCUCUUCGCCCUUUAUCCUGCCGGGGACCUCUAUUGUUGGGCUCAAGAUGGAUACCUUUACUGGAGUCGUCACAAAGGUUACAGAGGCCCAAAUUGCGGAUUGA